AUGUUGCCUCAAAAUCCUUCUGGAAGCUCAUCCAUCAACACCAGUAAUGCUGGAAGCCCUCAGACUUUCAGUAAUGACGUAAAGGCUGCGUUAGAUAAGACCAACACAGACUUCCCUAUCCAAAUUGAGGGCCUUCUUCCCUUCCAAGGAACUUCUUCAUCAACCACAAACAAGAAAGAACUCUCAUCAGGAGAUGUGGAUGAACUCAGUGAGGCUACUGAGUUUGAUGAAAUUGAAUCCGCCCUAACCAAAAAAAACAAUGUCAAGUCUUACCAUCAUUCAAAAGGCUCUUUUGGAACUUAA